AGGGCAUUAACUUUACGCACAAGUUCCCCUCCGACGCGCACCAGCACUGUACGAUCAGGAACGCGAGGCUAAAAGAGGUGAAAUCCCUUCUCAUUUGGAAUCCAAAUACUUUAAGGAACUUGAGCAAGAUGAACAUUCAAAGUGGAAUAUUAUUUUUAUGUUUCAUAAUUCUGGGCAUGGACGACUGUCUGAGCCAGAGAGACUGCACAGGCGUGGACUGUCCCGUCCUGCAGAACUGCCUUGAAACAGUUUUGGAGAAAGGAGCUUGCUGUCCCAAGUGUACACAAAAGGGCUGCACCUGUGAGGGCUACCAGUACUACGACUGCGUCCAAGCGGGCUUCCAAAAAGGGAAAGUCCCAGAAGGGGAGUCUUACUUUGUGGAUUUCGGAAGCACUGAAUGCUCUUGUCCCCAGGGAGGAGGGAGAAUAAGCUGCCAAUUUAUUCCGUGCCCUGAAAUUUCCCCCAACUGUAUUGAUAUUUUACAACCUGCAGAUGGAUGUGUGCAGUGUGGGCGAAUUGGCUGUACCCAUGGCAACAAGAAGUAUGAUGCGGGACACACCUUUCAGAUAGACCAGUGCCAGGUUUGCCAUUGUCCAAAUGAAGGUGGAAAGUUAAUGUGCUCUCCUAUCCCUGGCUGUGACCUCCGCAGUGCUAAUAAGCCCAUGAGGGUAGUAACCACUGAGAACAACAACCCUUUGACAGACAACAGCCGACAAACAAGCCCUGUAGAACCAUUUUCCAAGCUGCCACUGGGAAACACUCUACCACUGUAUAAGCAGGACCCACCCAGAUUUGGCACGGAGGAUUAUGACUACACUCUGGCAGGGCCGACGUCUUCCACCAUUCAAAACCUGGCCCAACCACUGGAAUCUACUACAAUCCCACCAGCUAACCCAGAGUCAAGCUCUAUUACCUCCGGCUCUCAUGAUGACAAGAGACAUGAGCUGAGAGGAAAAAGCUCCAGUCCAGAAAGGAGUGGUGAGGCUGAGGUUACACGUAACAUGGAUCCAAACAGUAUAGGGACUCAAAACAAAACAUCACCAUUAAUAGCAACCACCGCCACACAUGGAGACGCCACAGAGCACCGCAGGCCAAGACAGGAAACUGGAGAAAGGAGGCAUAAUGGUGGUAGAAGCAGGGUGGUGCAGGAGACCUUGAAAGACACAGCACACAACACACGAGCCAACGCAGGGGUCACGAACUCGGGUCAGCAUAAACACAGCCAGAGUGACCGUACCAGGCAUCAUAGCAGCUCCCAUUCUGUCAACCAUAAGGCACAAGAAAAGGUGUCGGUGGAGCACAGGCAGUCGCCUGGUGAAGAGGAGCAGGGUUCAUAUCCUACGGUCCAGUUCAGUCCCACGAGCAGACCUCCAGUCAGGAUGAGAGAAGAAGGUGAGGAACCUCAAAGACAAUCUCAAACCCUGCACAACUACCGGCCUCAGGAUGUGGAGCGAGACACAGAAGUGUCUUCCAAGGAGCUGGUGAAGACCUGCUGUGAGACAGGGGAGAAAUGGGCUUCAACUAAUGGUCACUGCAACAACAUGGAGCCACCCACAAAAGACAGGCGCUCCGUAUGCAGGACUGCCCAACAGCAGUGCUGCCUCGGUUCCCUCAGAGAAAGCCGUUGCUCGGCUGGAAUUAGUGCAGCCAGAGGAGGAAGAACGUGUGAAGAGGAUGCCAGCAAUAAAUGCGGGAUUGAUUCCUACAAGGAGUGCUGCGACUGCUGCUCUCUCGGGCUCCAGUUCCGUCGGGAGGGACACAGCUGCGAGGCCCACCAGUACCUGGGUUUCCACUGCAGACACAUCUUUAUGACUUGCUGCGAGGGAGAGGAGGGGAGGACCGCGGAUCAAAGCGUCUGGAACACAGUCAGAGAGAGGCCUGCGUUUGACCCGACCCCACCCCCCAGAAGAGUGUCCGACAGCCCGUACCCCAAGGAGGCUUUCUCCAUUGGUGAGAGGCGGGAUGGAGAGAACGCAGUGGAGCGUCACGUCGAGGUGGAGGACAUGGACGAGUGCCUGAUAUACGGGGGCAACAUCUGCCACCACAGAUGUGUCAACACGCCGGGCUCUUACCGAUGCGAAUGCUUCCCUGGAUAUGUGCUGCAAGACGACGCUUCCACUUGUGCACAAGAGGCCCCGGACGAGGAGAACGGACUGACGGAGGUUGGCAGAGACGCGGCGGAGCCCACCUCGAGGUCCCCAGUCCCACUCGACCCCUGCGAAGGAAACGGCUUUUGCGACCAACAGUGCACCCCAGUGGGCGGAAGGCCGCAGUGCUCCUGUUUCCCGGGAUACUCUCUACAAGCCGACGGUCGCUCCUGUGAAGACGUAAACGAGUGUUUGUCCGCACGGCCCUGUGAGCUGAAUGAGCGCUGCCUGAACACUGCAGGGAGCUACGUCUGUCAGAGGCCGAUCACCUGUCCCCCUGGAUACCAGAUCAACAGUGACAUUUGUGAAGACAUCGAUGAGUGCAUGCAGGGCAGUCAUAACUGUGAAGUAGGCUUUGAGUGUGUUAACACCGAGGGCUCGUUCUGGUGCGACCCGAAACCUCGCUGCCCGGUGGGUUUCAACCAGGACGCACAGGGAAACUGCAUAGACGUUGAUGAGUGUGGCACUUUGACCCAGCCGUGCAGCCCAGGAUUUAACUGCCUCAACACGGUGGGAUCCUACGUGUGCAACAGGAAGAUAAUUUGUAGCCGCGGCUAUCAUGCCAACACUGAUGGAUCCAGAUGUGUUGAUGUGGAUGAAUGUCAGAGCAGCCUGCAUCAGUGUGGAGAGGGCCAGCUGUGUCGAAAUUUACCUGGUUCCUACCGCUGUGAAUGUCAGACGGGCUAUCAGUAUGACUCAUUCAGGAGGAUGUGCGUAGAUGUGAACGAGUGCUGGCGCUACCCAGGCCGUCUGUGUGCCCAGACCUGUGAGAACACCCUGGGCUCCUACAAAUGCUCGUGCACCUCUGGUUUCCGCUUAUCUGGCGAUGGCAAGAACUGCGAAGAUGUGAAUGAGUGUCUGGCCAGCCCAUGCAGCCAGGAGUGUGCCAACAUCUAUGGUUCCUAUCAGUGCUACUGCAGACAGGGCUACUAUCUGAGGGAGGAUGGGCACACCUGUGAAGACAUCGACGAGUGUUCCCAGAGCAUCGGCCACCUGUGCACAUACAAGUGCGUGAACGUUCCAGGCAGCUACCAGUGCGCUUGUCCCGAAUAUGGAUACACCAUGUCUCCAAAUGGACGAUCCUGCCGAGAUAUCGAUGAGUGCACCACAGGGGCCCACAACUGCUCUCUAGCCGAAACCUGCUACAACAUCCAGGGAGGGUUUCGCUGCCUUUCUCUGAGCUGUCCGGCAAACUACCGCAAAGUGUCCGACACGCGCUGUGAGCGGAUCAGCUGCCCCAACUACCUUGAAUGCCAAAACUCUCCCCUGAGAAUCACCUACUACUACCUCAGCUUCCAGUCCAACAUCGUCAUCCCCGCUCAGAUCUUCCGCAUCGGGCCCUCUCCCGCCUACUCGGGGGACAACGUCAUCGUCACCAUCACGCAGGGAAACGAGGAAAGCUACUUCAGCACCAGGAAGCUGAAUGCCUACACGGGGGCUGUGUACUUGCACCGACAGGUUCAGGGGCCAAGGGAUUUCCUAAUCACCGUGGAGAUGAAGCUAUGGAGGCAGGGGACGUUUACCACUUUCCAGGCCAAGAUCUACGUCUUCAUCACGGCCAACUCUCUCUAACGGCCCGAGCUGUGCUGGCCGAGGGCCAACAGGGACCUCAAGCGGUUCAUGAGGACUUUUCAUAUCACUGUCUAACAAUGCCUGUCACGAGGGGCUUGAGUAGAUAAUCUCGCUUUUGUCCAGUUGAAGUUAUUAUUAAAGAGGCUAUCUGUUCUGUGUCACUUUCUGUUUUUACUGUGAUUGCAUGGAAACAAUAACCUUAAGUCUGUUUUUCUAACAUGGGCAGAUUACAUAUUCUCAAUUUUAAUUUUAAUUGAGUUUAAAAUAAUAUAUUUGAGAAUACAAAGAUCUUUAGGACACCACAUUUGAAACUUUUUGCCAUUGUACUGUUUAUCAUAAGUUGGGGUGAGUAAAACAUAACAAUGAGGACGAUGAGCUUCUCAGCUUUUAUAUAUCUCAGUUUUCUGCGCAUCCUUAAGAUAUUCAUUUUUAAGUGGAUGGAAACUGUCCUGUUCCGUAUGUCCUGUCUUCUUUACCCACGUACUGCUGCUUUUUAUUUUGUCUUAAAACUAAUUUAAUGUUACUCUAAAUGAUGUGUUUUUGUAUCCUUCUAAUGACAUAUUACACAACAGAUGUAUCAUAUUUCUACACUAGAUUCAUAAGCCUCAAAGUAUUUUAGUAAAAUAUUUAAAAACAACAACAGCAACACCAGUGUGUUUUGGUGAGUUUGAGUUCAUUUUAUCUGGGUUGUGUUUAAUCAUUCUGUCAUUUUCACUUUCUUCGCAAACUUUUGUUUAUGCACCCCUCCUCUCUAACCCUCUGUAUACGGUGAACCUUAUUUCCCGGCAAAUAUUUAAUCCAUUCUUGUCGGGGCAUGCCACACGGUAAAUAUCCAUUCCUACCUGUUCACACCUUGCUAUGAGCGUCAUCCGUCAUCAGACACAUUUUAUGAUUGCUUAUAAACGAAACGGUCAUGUAACGUGUUUGAUAUUGGAAAUAAAAGUGUUUGUAGGCUU